ACUUUACUCCUAACAGCUCACUGACGUUAAACUGAUGUAGUUUGUGGUUAAAUGGUGUUUUUACCGAUAAAACAGUGUAAAAUAAUACAUUUAUUUUUUACAGUGAAACCUCAUUAUAAAGUGCCUCACUACAAAGGAUUAUUUCAGGUCACAACACGACGUUUUACAUUUAGUAACAGUUCAGGUAUGUUGUAAUGAGAUUUCACUGUGUCAGUGAAUGCAAACAGGUGGUAACCCAUGUAUUGGUAAUAUCGAAGAGUUCUUAGGGCUUAUAAUCAGCAGUGCUUGCACUGGAACCAUACUGCAGCACAGUCCAGUCAUAUCGUCUCGUCUGUCGAGAUGGAAUGUCAGUGUAGGGAUAGUUGCAGCUGGGUAAUGUGGAAGAAUAGCUGAAGAGGUUCAAAAGUAAAACUCUGAUUGCUUUCUAUGAAUUACAGUGAUUACUGUAUCUUUUUUCUUGCACUUUAAUUUUCUCUAUAGUACUUAUAAGUUUACUUUCCUGCAAUAAUUUAAGUCACAAUAGUCCAACAGUUGAUAGCAAACGACAAAAACACAGUGAUGGAAAACUAACUUUUUAAAAUUUUAAGUUUCCUAAUUUUUUUAAUUCAAGUUUCGGUUCUUUAAAAUACACUACACAAAACCAACCUUUCAAAUCUUCAUUUUCAGUGACCUUGUGUAGCAAUAUGAUUAUUAUGCAGGAAAGGUUAACAAACACAUUCUUUCAAUGUGAACAACAUCUUGCGAUAUAACUCACAAAAAAUGUUUGUAAUGUGGUAUAGUUCACAACAAAAUUACGGAUGUAUAAAAAUAAAAUAAAAACGCAAUCUUAGUUUCAACAAUUUUAGGCCAUAAUUUCUUCUGUUAAUUUUUAUCUUUGUUAAAAGCAUAGUAUAAUUAGAAUUCCUUAAGAUAAGAGUGAAUAACUGCUUCAAAUUUUUGGGUGCGCUUUAAAAUUUUUUUCCAAUUAAUAAUCAAACGCUUAUGGCAUGAACACAUUUGAAACAAUUUGGCCUAUUCUUCAGUUUCUUUCAUGUAUUGGAUACAGGGUUGGGUCAUUACACGUAGAAUAUUAUUUUUCUACAUACACGUAGAAAAUAAUGUAUAGUAUGUAGAAUAUGUAUAAUAUUUACGUAGAGUAUGUAGAAAAUUAAGCCUAACAUUGUCAAAGAAAUAUAUUGUAUUUUAAGUGAAAUAAUGUAUCUUGAGGUUUGUUAAAAUAUGCACCUCAUUAAAAUGGAAUAAUUUAUGUUUAUACAAUUGCACAUAAUAGCAACAGACUAUUGAAUGCAGACCAAUCAGGGCAUAGGAGAGACACAUCAGUUGUUUCAAAAUGGCUGGCAGGCCAAAGCAUUCAUUGUGGAGUGACCUGGGUUUUAAGUUGCUCAAAGAAAACAACAAGUGUGUUGCAUUUUGUACUGUGUGUCAGAAAACUUUAAAAAAAUACUGCUGCAAAACGUCUAGAAUCACACAGGUAAGAAAAUAAUUUUAUUGAUCUUUAGUACUUAGUUAAUAUGAUAUUUAUAACCUAAAAAAGCAAGAACUAAACUAGGCACUUAUUGCACUAACUGCAUAUGUAUUGUUAAUAUAAUAAAUAAUUAUGAAACUUGAUUAUCAUUAGGCCUACAACACAAUUUUAUGUCAAGUGAAUAAUUAAUAUCUAUCUUUAGUUUACUUAAUAUGAUGUUUAUAACCAAAAAAGUAAACAAGAUGUUCUAACAACAAACUAUUAAUGGUAUAAUUAUAACAACUUAAUUUUUAUUAUAUUACAAACUACAUUUGAUUUGUAUUUGUUUGAGGUUUAUGUCAUUUUGAUAACAGGUAGCCUACAAUUAAUAUAAUGUAUAUUUAUUUAGAUUUAUUCUAACAUGCAUUCAUACAUUGAUUAAGAAAUAUAGAGUUAACAGAGACCUAAGGUCAUUCAUUAGCUUGCCUACAAAACGUGCUUAUUUACAUGAUAAGGACAUUGUACAAUGCAUUUGGAAAUUACUUUCAAAGCUUACAAACCUGAUUUCUGUUUCAGGAAUGUAUGCCGCAAUGUAACCUCUACAGCGGUUUCCUCUGCAUCACAAUCUGUUCAACCACACACAAUUAAACGAAGACACAAAGUUAGUGAUGAUGAUGAUGAUGAUCCUGUAUUUGGCCUUUCCACUCCUAGUGAAUCUACGAGUUUCAUUGUUGCAACUACAAGCCAAGGAUCCUUAUCUACAGGUGGCUUACAGUACAAAUCUCAUGAAUAUAAUUCACUAACCAAAGUUCUAGGCAUUCCCACAGUCACAAACACAAACCAACACUCUAAUCAUUUUAAAAAUUUUGUCAAGACUUUAAGACCGUCAUACAGGCCACCAGUUCGAAAAACACUUGCAACAACCAUUCUUGAUGCAGAAUAUGAAGAGUGCAGAACUUCUUUAAAGUUUGGUGAACAUUCUGUUCUGCUCAUCGAUGGAUGGAAGAAUGAGGCAGCCAACACAAAAAACAUAGCUGCUAUGAUACAUAAUGCAGCAGGUGACAUUGGAUUUCUUGAUGCUUGGGAUCUGUCGGGAGAGAGUGAAACAGGAAGUGCUCUAAAGGAUAUUGUUUCACAAGCAAUUGUAUCUGCACGUGAUCUUUACAAUACAGAAUUAUAUGCUGUAUGUUCGGACAAUGCUGCCAAUAUGAUGAAAAUGGGUAAAAUAAUAGAUUUGUGGCACAUUACAUGCAAUUCACAUACUGGUAAUCUUCUUGCAAAAGAGCUUGUCCCACCCCAGCUGGCAUCAAGAGUAAAUACAUUGUUAAAAGCUUUCACUUCAGCUGAUCAAGAAGUACGUCUCCUUGCAUAUGGUGGACACCGGAUAACACUGGCAUGUGAAACACGAUGGUGCAGCAAUAGAGAUGCAUUCCUUUGUCUGCAGAAAAAUCUACCAGCAAUGAAAAAGGUGGUUGGACAGGGUGUAUCAAUUGACCCUGCUGCUCUUCAGCUGAUGUUUGAUGACAACUUCAUGAAGCAAGUUUCAGAUGGCAUCCAGCUGUUUGACCCUGUUUGUACGUUAAUCAAUAAGUGUCAGCAAAGCAAAUUCAGUAUUGCUGACGCUGCAGAAGAGUGGAUGCAAUUACGGUUGCCAGAUGGAUACAUCCAACUCCAAAAAAAUGUCUAAAAGAGGCGUGAGCAAGCACUUACCACAUAUGGCUUAGCAGCAAACUUCUUGCACCCAGUCUACCUAGGGAAGAGGUUUUCUGCAGAACAGCAUGAUGAGGUGGAGGAGUUCUUGCUUCAAGAACUUGAUGGGCAAGGACUGGAUGAUCUAGCAAAAUUCAAGAGUUCUACAGAGCAUAGUAUUUUUCAGUUACUUAGAGAGAAAGGUGUUGUUAAUCCAUCAUCUUUCUGGGGGCUUGCUCAACGAAAACAUCCAGAAAUAAGCAAACUAGCAAUUAAGCUCUUGAAUAUCCCAGCCUCAUCUGCACAACUAGAGAGGGCAUUUAGUAAUUGGUCGUAUGUCCACUGCCCCUUACGAAACAGGCUUACAUUUGAAAGGUCAAAAAAGUUGCUGCAUGUGUACCAUACGCUGAAACUUCGAGAUGUCCCAUCUGAUGAAUAUUGACUGACUUGAUAAAUGGAAACCAAUCCUACUCUCUAGUUUUAUUGUACUAAAGAAUAUUAAAUAUGUAAUUUUAAACAUACAAAUUCUAGUUUCCAGGUAAAUAUGUAGUCUGUAUGAUGUUAAUAAACAUAAUUUUCUACGUGUAGACUAUGUAAUAAAUCUCAAUAUUCUACAUGACAUACUCUACAGUAGAAUAUACAUGUAGAUUACUUAUUUUCUACGCGUAAUAUUCUACUGACCCAACCCUGAUUGGAUAUAUUGUUUUUUUUUUUUUUUUUUUGCCAGUUUGAAUGUUAAGUUAAAGGCCACUUACAAAAUAAACAAAUAUGGAAAUCAACAUAUUGCAUUAUAAAACAAAUUAUUUAAAAAUUGUAUACUAUAAAGAACAAAUUACAUUUGAAUUUUAAGAAAAAUGUAUUUUUGAAAAGUGCCAAAAAAAUGCUGAAUUUGAAAAUUAGAAUGCAUAUUUGCUGUCAGGAUUUUUACCCCAGCUAUGAUUGGACUAUCUAUUCAAUGGUUUUGGGUUAGCUUGAAAGUAGUUUAAAUUUUUAGGCUGUUGCAUCAUUGUGAGGUACCAAAAAAAAACCUUAGCAUUUCACUUUUUACAAAUGGUCGUCGGUGGUCCGUGCAGCCGUGUGAGACGGGCGUGUGGUUGCAGUGGGCCCGUGCCAGUGCUGGUGAUGUCGCUGCUCUUCAUCGCGUCGGUGUUCAUGCUGCACAUCUGGGGCAAGUACACCCGCUCCUAGACGGCCGCGGUGCCGCCUCCUCGUCAUUCCAAGUCUGCCUGCUCUGUGGUGUGGGGUUGUCUCCGUAAAUAAAUAUACAAGUUUUUUUUUUUUGGAUAAAA